AUGAUCAUAACUGGGAGGGCUCGCCGCCCACCCGCAAUCUCUCAUCUAUUGAGAUCGCUCGUGGAUCUCGACACCUGCAAUCUUCCCUACGCCCUCGCCAUCUUUCGUCAGAUUCCGGGACCCACCUCCUUCUUAUGGAAUACCAUCAUCAGGGACUGUUCAAGACACGGCGCCCCGCAAGAAUCCAUCUCUCUUUAUCUCGAAAUGUGCCGGAACAGCGUGGUUCCAGACAACUACACCUUCCAGUUCUUGUUCAAGGCAUGCGCUCUGUGUUUUUCGUUCAGAGCAGGGCAGGCGAUCCACGGCAAUUAUAUUAAGGUAGUUGAUGUAUCUGAUGUUUUCGUGGGGAAUUCUCUGAUUCAUAUGUACUCGGAGUUUGGAUGGGUUGAUGUCGCCCGACGAGUUUUUGAUGAAAUGGGUCAGAAGAAUGUGGUGUCGUGGACAGUGAUGGUUGGUGGUUAUGUGAAAAUUGGAGACAUGGGUGAGGCUCGGAGGGUCUUUGAUGAAAUGCCUGAGAGAAAUGUGGUUUCUUGGACUAGCAUGAUUGCAGGUUAUUCUCAGAAUGAUCUCGCAGAAGAAGCUGUUGGGUUUUUUAAAAGGAUAGUGGUGGAUGGUGUUAAACCGGAUGCUGUCGCGAUGAUUUCGGUGCUUUCCGCUUGCACGCGAUUAGGGGAUUUGGAUUUGGGCAAAUGGGUUCAUCAAUUUGUUGAUAGAGAGAGGAUCAACAUUACUCAAAAAUUGGGUGUUGCUUUGAUUGAUAUGUACACGGAGUGUGGAGAUGUAAAUGCUGCACGUCAGGUUUUUGAUAGAAUGGUUUGGAAGAUUGUAGCUGCUUGGAAUGCCAUGAUCGAUGGUUACUGUAAAUUAGGUGAUUUUGAAAGCGCUCGUCUGCUUUAUAAUCAAAUGGGCCAGCGUGAUCUCAUCACGUUCAAUUCGAUGAUCACUGGCUACAUUCAAAGCAGUAGCUUCAUGGAGGCCUUAUUAUUGUUCGCAGAGUUGUGGGUUUUGGAUUUGAAGCCCGAUAAGUUCACAAUGGUGGGUCUACUCAUUACUUGUGGAAACUUGGGCGCACUCAAUCAGGGAAAGUGUUUGCAUACAUUAAUUUUGGAAAGUCUGAUUGAGUCAGAUGUUUUUCUCGGGACGGCACUUGUAGACAUGUAUGCAAAGUGUGGGAGUAUAGAUCAAGCCAUAUUGGUCUUUAAUAGAAUGCAUGAGAAGGAUGUGUUAGCUUGGACCGCGAUGAUUUCAGGCCUGGCAAUGCAUGGUGAUGGGAAAUCGGCUCUCGCCCACUUUUCGAUGAUGCAAAAGGAAGGGAUUCAGCCUAACAGAGUGACAUAUAUUGGUGUUCUAAAUGGCUGCAGCCAUUCGGGCCUCGUUCAAGAAGGUUGGCAGCAUUUCAGUGAGAUGACAUCUUUAUACAACAUAGAGCCUGAGGUUGAGCACUAUGGAUGCAUGGUUGAUCUUCUCGGCCGUGCUGGUUACCUAGAGGAAGCAGAUGAGCUCAUCCAAAACAUGCAGAUGGAACCAAAUGCCGUUAUAUGGGGGUCAUUGUUAGGUGCUAGUAGAGUUUAUAACAAUGUCACUUUUGCUGAAAAGGCAGCAAAACAUCUUCUUGUUCUAGAGCCUCAUAAGGAUGCUGUGUAUGUACUCUUAUACAAUGUAUAUGCGAGUUCUGGAAGAUGGGCCAAUGCCACCCAGAUCAGGGGCAUGAUGGAAGAGAAGGGGAUAAAAAAGAUAGCUGGGUGUAGUUCCAUUGUGGUGGAUGGGAAAAUACAUGAAUUCACUGCAGGCGAUAGAUCGCAUUCCCAAUUCGAGGAAAUCUGA